AUGAAGCUAGUGAGUGACGAGAUGCUCCUGGAGGGAACAGGGCUGUAUGUGGAUCCGGAAGAGGCAAGGAGAAAUUCAGGACUUCAGAUGGAUCUUGCAGCUAAUAAAGAAAAAUUCCAUGCAGAUUCCUUUAAUGAUUUUGAAGACCUCUGUAAUGAUGGCGAUAUUCAGUGA